GGGGGCCGGAUGGGGGAGCGCGGUCCACGGCAGACCGCGAUGUUAUCGUGGCACUGACUGUAGCCUAUAAAUACCGGGAGGCGCGCAGCCUACCUAAGAACACUGGCAUUAAUCUAAACACGGCUUGAACUGCGAGGAGAGGCGCUUACAUUAGGAUCCUACUACUGGGAUAAACGCCUCAAGUGAAACGGAAUAUAAACCGCUCGAGUUCUAGUCUAGUGUCGCUCGCCUGUGCGACGCACAGCACCAGUAAUACUAUGGUGAUCAAGGUUUACAUCGCCUCCUCCUCGGGAUCUGUGGCGGUGAAGAAGCGUCAGCAAGCUGUGGUGGGGUUCCUGGAGUCCAACCGGAUCUCCUUCCAGGAGGUGGACAUCACCAAUGUAGAGGAGAGAAGGCUGUGGAUGUACCAACACAUCCCCCCGGAGAAACACCCAGACAAGGGCAACCCGCUUCCCCCACAGAUCUUCAAUGGAGACUGCUACUGUGGGGACUAUGAGGACUUCUUCCAGUCCAAGGAGAACAACACUGUGUUUACAUUCCUAGGUCUCAGCUCACCGCCCUCAGUAAAGGAUUCCGAGUCGUAGGCAGUAGCGUGGGGAGUCGGAGGUCGCAGAGCACAUCACUUCCUGUAUUACAUCACUUCACCUCUCCCGGAGAUCUCACCAUAAUGACGCCACCGUGUUGCCAAACACUCUGACCUCUCUGACCCCCCCCCCACCCACCCUGAAAAAACACCUCACCCUCCUCCCCCACCUACAGCCAUCUAACCUGACACAGGAGGAGGGGAGGAGCUUCAGACCAAUAGAAGGAGCUUCAGACCAUGGGAGGCGGGGCUUCACCCCAAAAACAAUGUACAAUGAUUUCCUGAUUUAAAAAAAAAAAAAAAAAAAAAAAAAAAAUGUAUUUAAAUUUUGUACAACUGCUGGUAAUCAUGACGAUCUAGUCAGUGGUUCCUGUUUGUGUUUGCGGUAAAUAAUUACUAGUUUUCUUUUACUUCUAUGUAUUCUUUGGUCCGUUGUUCAGGCCACUUCUGUUGCAGCUCUUCCACCAAUAGCAGCAUGUAGCUCUCCUGUCAGAGUAGCCAGGUUCUGUACGCAGUCAGACAGUUAAAGCUGACCUGAGGUCGUAACUGGAAACACUGAAGUUGGACUUGUGGUUAAAAAUCGAGGCGUGAAAUGGAGUCCACUACAGCUGUAUUUGGAUGCGACUUUGAACAUUUUCGAUUAAAAAAAUUCGCAAAUCUAAAAUAAACGUUCUAUCAACAUUGACCAUA